AACGAAAAGCGUCCCGAAAAUCUGUUGCCUUCACCGACGAACAACUAGUUGUUGAGACCGACGGUUCAAUAACCAUCAUGAGCGCCGCCGAAGAACCCAAGGAGACGGCCCAGUCACACACGCCUCGUACGCCGCCCUUGUCUGCCGCCCUCGGUGCCUUUAAUACUGAUCCCUCUCAAGCCGCUGCCGACGAAGUCCCCCCUCCCGAAGAUGGCGGCCUUGACCUGUCUCUCCUGAAGAAGAAGAAGAAGAAGAAGAAGGUUGAGGGUGCUGAUGGUGAUGCUGAAGAUGAAGCUGCCCCCGCUGAGGAUGGCGGCCUUGAUCUGACCAUCAAGAAGAAGAAGAAGAAGGCCAAGAAGGUCGAGGGAACUGAGGAAGACGAGUUCACUGCCAAGCUGAAGCAGCUUGAGGUUAAGGACGCCGAGGAAGCUGAGGAGGCCGCACAGGAGGAGGGUGACAUGGAGACUGGCACUGGUGUCUGGAGCCACCAGGAGUCAAAAACAAUCCCCUACACUCUGCUCCUCUCUCGCUUCUUCACCGUCCUAUCACAAAAGAACCCCGAUCACUCACUCAGCGGCACCAAGAGCUACAAGAUUCCCCCUCCCCAGUGCAUGCGUGAAGGCAACAGGAAAACUGUCUUCGCCAACAUUGCCGAUAUUUGCAAGCGUAUGAAGCGAACCGAAGAACACGUCACUGCCUACCUCUUUGCUGAGUUGGGUACAAACGGCUCUGUUGACGGAAGUAGGAGAUUGGUCAUCAAGGGUCGAUUCCAGCAGAAGCAGAUCGAGAACGUCGUAAGAAAAUACAUCAUCGAGUAUGUUACUUGCAAAACUUGCAGGUCGCCCGAUACCGAGUUGAACAAGGGUGAAAACCGUCUGUACUUCAUCACUUGCAACAACUGUGCUUCACGACGAAGUGUCACUGCCAUCAAGACUGGUUUCUCUGCCCAGAUCGGCAAGAGAAAGAAGAUGCAGGGCUAAAAUCUCAACCUGCUACAGCACGUGUAAAUAUUUGGGAUUCGGCAACUUGCUUGAGUUUCAAAAAGCGAUCUUUCUGCAGCGGUGGCUCUACCUUAUUGGAUCGAUCAGAGACAUCCAAGUUACAUCUCAUAGUCUUCACAUGAUGUGUCGAAGACAUGACGAAAAAUUAGGCAUCAGAUUAUAGGAGGAAGGAUAGGAGCGUAACGCCCAGAGCUGCAAAGGGCAAAGCGGACUGUAUCUACAUGUGAGCAAGGCGCAGUAUAGGCUGCUCUCGGUCGGCUACGAAGGAAAAAGGGGACAGACAGAUGAUGUAGCGGUCGUCACCUAACAAUGAAAUGAUUUGAUGAUGACAUAUAUGAUGUCUCUUAGAAUGAAGCGUGUCAAUCUUUUAUGCAUUUGGGUGAGAUGGCUUGUAAAAUGCUGUAGCUUGAUUUGUUCUCUCCAUCUACAAGCAUGUAUAUGUCACACAAUAUGAA